AUGUACAUUGAAGAAGCACUUCCAAAGCUGGAGUCUCGCAAUAUGUUUACGCCUCUAAGGCCCAUGAAUAUACCCAUUGCAGGAGAAGAAGGAGCUCAAACCAAGUUCGAUGAAGAUGAAUAUCAAACAUACGAUGGAAUUCAGCCUUGGGAUCGACUUGCUGCUCAAAUUGAACUCCCGCAAUCAUUCUUCCAACGAUUGUUGAAUGGAGUUGAGCUUGUCAGCAAAUAUGAAGUUGAAGAAAAUGACAUAAUAAGUUCAAACCAGGAGACGGAGUACAAGAAGCUUAUUCUAUUCGCUGGAAAUGAUUUCUUGGGUUUGAGUAGGCAUCCCACCAUUGCGAAAGCUACUGCCAAGGCAGCAAUGGAACAGGGAACUGGUCCAAGGGGUUCUCCACUUAUCUGUGGAUAUACCAAUUAUCACAUGGCACUGGAAUCCAGCUUGGCGAAAUUAAAGAAGAAAGAGGCUUGCCUUCUUUGCACAUCAGGCUUUGGAGCCAAUAUGGCGGUGAUGGUUGCAAUCGGAAGUAUUGUGCCGGUGAUAUGUGAAGGUGAAGGAAGGAGGCCAGCAAAGGAAGAAAAGGUUGCCGUAUUCUCCGAUGCACUUAACCAUGCCUCCAUUGUUGACAGUCUUAAACUCGCUGAUCGAUUUGGAGGAGUCAAAUUAUUUGUGUACAAACACUGUGACAUGUCUUACCUCGAUGCACUGCUGUACGUCGUUUUCUAUGUUAACAUGAUUUCCUUGGAUCUUUAA